AUGGAGUUUCUGGUGGCAAUGGGGACAGGAAUUGUGUCAAAACUUGGGGAGAUGUUAAUGGAUCCAGUCACAUCGCAAUUCAAACAUCUGAUUCACUGUGAGAAAAAUAUCAAUAAAAUGAAGAAAGAACUCAACAAUUUGAAAGACAGGAAGCGUGCGAUUGAAGGAAUGGUGGACGCAGACAGAAGGAAUGGACAUCACAUUGCUCCAAAUGUUGAACACUGGCUCUACAAAGUGGACAACGUUGUAGAAAAUGAAUUACGUAAAGUGUACGAUGAUGAGUUUGUCAACAAGAACAAGAAAUGCCUCAAUGGGUUGUGUCCAAAUUUGGUGUUUCGUUAUUCACUGAGCAAGAAAGCAGGAAAAAUGGCGCAAGAUCUUGUUUCCCUGAAGGAGCAAAAAUUUGACUUCAUAUCCUACCCUGCACCUUUACCGACACUAGGAUCCACGUUCACAGAAGGAAUUAAGAGCUUUGCCUCAAGAGAAUCAAUUAUGGCCGAGGUUGUAGAGAAAUUGAAGGGUGAUGAGUUCAACAGGUUAAGCGUUUGUGGGAUGGGUGGUGUGGGGAAAACCACAUUGGUGAAAGAGCUCAUCAAAAUUUUGGAAGCAGAUAAGGUGUUUGAUGAAAUUUCAAUGGCUAUAGUGUCCCAAGUUCCUGACUAUAGAAGGAUUCAAGGUCAAAUUGGUGACACAUUAGGCUUGAAAUUUGAUAAGGAAACUCUACAAGGAAGGGCAGCUCAACUACUUGAGAGGCUUAACAAGAUCAAUAAGGUCCUCGUAGUGCUGGAUGAUGUAUGGACAGAGCUGGAUUUUGAGUUGAUAGGGCUUCCUUCAAAUGGGCAGUGUCACAAGGGCUGCAAAAUUUUAUUCACAUCAAGAAAUGAAGAUGUGUGCCACAGGAUGAUAAGUCAGAGGAACUUCACUAUGCCCGUUCUCUCUAAAGAAGAAGCAUGGGAUCUCUUCAGGGAUACAGUAGGUGGUCAUGUUGCGGACAAAGCUGAGAUUCAUAACAUAGCAAAAGAGGUUGCAAAUGAAUGUAGGGGUUUGCCAAUUGCUAUUGUCACAAUAGCAAAAGCACUAGGGAACAAGGAGAAGCAUGCAUGGGAGGAUGCACUUGAUCAGCUGAGAAAGUCUUCACUAACUUCCUUCUCAGAGAUGCAAGAAUAUUCUAUAUAUUCAUGUAUUGAAUUGAGCUAUAACUUUCUAGGCAACGAAGAAGCUAAGUUUCUCCUUUUGCUUUGUUCCUUAUUCCCAGAAGACUUUGACAUUCCUAUUGAAGUUCUUCUCAGAUAUGGAGUGGGCUUGGGUUUGUUCAAGGAUCUGGGUGCUUUGUGUAAAGCAAGGAAUCGAGUGCAUACCUUGGUUGAUACUCUAAAGAAGCGGUUUUUGUUGCUGGACAGCAAUGAGGAAGAGUGUGUGAAAAUGCAUGAUGUCGUUCGUGAUACUGUCAUAACAAUUGGAUCCAAAGAAGAGCAUGGAUUUGCAGUGAAAUACGAUGCUGGACAGACGGGGUCAAAGGAGCUCAUAUGGCAUCAUAGUGCAAUCUCACUUGUGUUUGAUGAGAUUAAGAUGCAUCCUAAGCGUUUGCAGUGUCCAAACCUUAGACUUUUACAAGUUUAUUUAAAGAGAAGAGAACCCAUUUCAGAAAAUUUCUUCCAUAACAUGAGCAAGCUAACGGUUUUAGGCAUAAGCAAUCUGUGCAUUCCAUCGGUGUCAUCUCCAUUCCGAUUACUCAACAACCUCUGUACCUUACGGUUGGAAGAUUGUCAGGUUGGAGACAUAUCGGUAAUCUGUAAGGAGCUAAGGAAACUGGAAGUGUUAAGCUUGGCCCACUCAAAUAUCAAAGAAUUGCCAGCAGAAAUAGGCAAACUAAGCCUUCUAAGACUGUUGGAUUUGACAGAAUGCAAUGAUCUUGAUCAGAUGUCUUCCGGGGUCCUAGCUAGCUUAUCUAACUUAGAAGAACUUUAUCUUAGAGUCAGGAAUUUCCAUUGGGAGGAAAAGAAUUCCAUUCUUGCAGACCUCAAAUCUCUUUCUCAUCAGCUAAAAGUUCUUGAGAUUUCAAUAACAGGAAUUCAUAUUUUGGAUUUGGAGUUAAAAAGCUUGGUUAAGUUCUGGAUCUAUGUGAGAGACUCAACUACUCUUUCUCAUGGCUUUGGUCGUCGAGGAUAUCUACACCCUAACAUCCUUAAACUAAAUGGUGUGUACCAUAAGGAUAUUAAAGAGAAUAUGGCAAUUCAACAGUUGCUUAAGAAAUCUGAAAUUCUCAACCUUGUGGAUGUAAAACAAUUAGAAAACGUGAUCUAUGAGUUGGAUGAAGAAGGUUUUCCGCACUUAAAAGAUCUCAGCAUUGAAUUCUGCAAUGAUCUGAAGUACUUAACAGAUGAAACUGUCUAUGCUUCAAGUUGUGUCUUCCCACUGCUUGAGUGA